AUGGUUGGUAAUGAUGGUGAGGAUGAUGUAGAUGGUGAUGUAGUCAUUGAAGUCAACGAGAUUGGUGGAGAAAAAGAGGAUGAUGGUGUUGCUGCUGGUGGUAAUAAUGGCGGUGAGGUUAUUGAUGAAGACAAUGUUGGGGAUGGUGAAUUUGGUAAUGAAGAUGGUGCUGGGGUCAGUGAUGACAUUAGUAUUGGUGUUGCUGAAAGCGAGGAUGAUGAUGGUGAUGGUGAUGAAGUUGGUGAGGAUGGUGUCUGCGAUGAUGGUGGGUCACCUGAUAAUGAGGUUGUUGAGAAUGAUGAAGUUGAAGUUGGUGAUGGAAAUGAUGAGGCUGCUGAUGAUGACAGUGUUGAUGAUGAUGGAGUAGGUGGAAUUAUUGCUGGUGUUGAUGGUGAAGAUGAUGAGGCUUGUAGUGAAGAUGAGAAGUAUGAUGAAAAUGGUUGUGGUGGUGGUGGUGAUGAUGAAAAUAGUGAGAAUGAUGAAUAUGAUGUUGAGGAUGGUGAAGAGGAUGAGGAUUCUGUUGUUGAUAGAAUUGAAGAUGUUAUUGUUGAUAAUGAUGAUGUUAAUGUUGGUGGUGAAGAUGGUGGGGAUGACGAUGAGCGCUGUGAAUUUGCUGAUGAUGGUAAGGAUGAGGACAAUGAUGUAGAGGUUGCUGAUGUUGAAGGAUGUUUUGGUUGGGUUGAUGAUGAUAGUGAGACUGAUGAAGAUGAGGCUGAGGAUGAUGAAGAUGGAGUAGUUGAUAGUAUUGAAGAUGGUGGUGUUGAUGAUAAAGGUGACGGUAAUGUUGGUGAAGAUGGUGUAGAUGAUAGUGUUGAAAAUGAUGAUGUUGGCAAUAGUGGGACUGAUAAAGAUGGUGAAAAUGAUGAUGGUGUAAAUGAUAGUAUUGAAGAUGUUGAUGUUAAUGUUGGUGAUGAAGAUGAUGGGGAUGGUGAUGAAGGCUGUGAAUUUACUGAUGAUGGUAAUGAUGUGGAAGAUAAUGUAGAGGUUGUUAAUAGUAAGGGCUGUGCUGGUGAGGUUGACGAUGGUAGUGGGAUUGAUGAAGAUAAUGAAGAUAGUGUAGAUGAUAGUAUUGAGGAUGUGGAUGAUGAUGAAGAUAAUGGUAAUGUUAAUGAUGAAAAUUGUAAAGAUGAUGAAGAUGGUGUAGAUGAUAAUGCUGAAGAAGAUGAUGAUGGUGAAGAUGAUGACAAUAGUGGAACUGGUGAAGAUGGUGUAGAUGAUGAUGAUGGUGGGACUGAUGAAGAUGGUGCAGAUGAUGGUGUAGAUGGAGUGAAUGAUAGUAUUGAAGAUGUUCUUGAUGAUGUUAAUGUUGGUGGGGAUGGUGAUGAAGGCUGUGAGUUUGCUGAUGAUGUUAAGGAUGUGAAAGAUAAUGUAGAGGUUGUUGAUAUUGAGGGCUGUGUUUGUGAGGUUGAUGAUAAUGAUGAUAGUGGGACUGAUGAGGAUGUUGUGGAUGAUAGUAUUGAAGAUGUUUUUGAUGACGAUGAUGACAAUGUUGGUGAUGAAGAUGAUGUAGAUGAUAGUGUUAAAGAUGAUGACAAUAGUGAUGAGGAUAGUGAAGAUGAUGAGGAUCGUUUUGUUGAUUGUAUUAAAGAUGUGGUUGAUGAUGAUUUUAAUUCUGGCGAUGAAGCCUGUGAGUUAGCUGAUGAUGAUAAGGAUGAGGAAAAUGCUGCAGAGGUUGUUGAUAGUGAGGGCUGUGCUGGAAGGGUUGAUGAUGAUGGCAAUGAUAGUGGUGCUGAAGAUGAUGGUGACGAUGAUAAUGACGGUGUAGAUGCUAGUGUUGAAUAUGUUGUUGAUGCUGAUGUUAAUGUUGGUGAUGAAGUUAGUGGGGAUGGUGAGUUAGGCUGUGAGUUUGAGGUUGCUGAUAAUGAGGGCGGUUGUGGUUGGGUUGAUGAUGAUGAUGACAGUGGGACUGAUGAAGAUGAGGCUGAGGAUGGUGGUGUUGAUGAUACAUGUGAUGGUGAUGUUGGUGAAGAUGGUGUAAAUGAUAGUGUUGAAGAAGAUGAUGAUGUUGACAAUAGUGGGACUGAUGAAGAUGGUGCUGAGGAUGGUAAAGAUGAUGGUGGUGAAGAUGAUGGUGAUGUUGAUGAAGGCUGCAAAUUUGCUGAUGAUGGUAAGGAUGUGGAAGAUAAUAAAGAUAAUGUAGAGGUUCCUGAAAAUGAGGGCUGUGAUGGUGGGGUUGAUAAUGAUGAUAGUGGUAUUGACGAAGAUGGUGAAGAUGAUGAUGAUGGUGGGACAGAUGAAGAUGGUACAGAUGAUGGUGUGGAUGGUGUAUAUGAUAGUAUUGAAGAUGUAAUUGAUGAUGUUAAUGGCUGUGCUGGAAGGGUUGAUGAUGAUGGUAAUGAUAGUGGUGCUGAAGAUGAUGGUGACGGUGACAAUGAUGAUGACGGUGUAGAUGAUAGUGUUGAAUAUGUUGUUGAUGCAGAUGUUAAUGUUGGUGAUGAAGAUAGUGGGGAUGGUGAGUUAGGCUGUGAAUUUGUUGAUGGUUGUACGGAUGAGAAAGAUAAUCUAGAGGUUCCUGAAAAUGAGGGCUGUGAUGGUGGGGUUGAUAAUGAUGAUAGUGGUAUUGACGAAGAAGGUGAAGAUGAUGAUGAUGGUGGGACAGAUGAAGAUGGUGCAGAGGAUGGUGAAGAUGGUGUAAAUGAUAGUGUUGAAGAAGAUGAUGAUGUUGACAAUAGUGGGACUGAUGAUGAUGAUGGUGGGACAGAUGAAGAUGGUGCAGAGGAUGGUGAAGAUGGUGUAAAUGAUAGUAUUGAAGAUGUAAUUGAUGAUGUUAAUGUUGGUGGGGAUGGUGAUGAAGGCUGCGAAUUUCCUGAUGAUGGUAAUGAUGAGGACGAUGAUGUAGAAGUUGCUGAUAAUGAGGGCAGUUGUGGUUGGGUUGAUGAUGAUGAUGAUAGUGGGACUGAUGAAGAUGAGGCUGAGGAUGGUGAUGUUGGUGAAGAUGGUGUAAAUGAUAGUGUUGAAGAAGAUGAUGAUGUUGACAAUAGUGGGACUGAUGAAGAUGGUGCUGAGGAUGGUAAAGAUGAUGGUGUAAAUGAUAUUAUUGAAGAUGUUGAUGAUGCUAAUGAUGGUGGUGAAGAUGAUGGUGAUGUUGAUGAAGGCUGCAAAUUUGCUGAUGAUGGUAAGGAUGUGGAAGAUAAUGUAGAGGUUGUUGAUAUUGAGGGAUGUGCUGGUGAGGUUGAUGGUGAUAGUGGGAUUGAUGAAGAUGGUGAAGAUAGUGUAGAUGAUUUUAUUGAAGAUGUUGAUAAUGAAGAUAGAGAAGAUGAUGAAGAUGGUGUAAAUAAUAAUGUUGAAGAAGAUGAUGGCAAUGAUAAUGAUGGCAAAGACGAUGAAGAUGGUGUAGAUGAUAUUUUUGAAGAUGUUAAUGUUGGUGAUGAAGAUGGUGUGGAUGAUGAUAAAGGCUGUGAGUUUGUUGAUGAUGGUAAGAAUGAAGAUGAUGCAGAGGUUGCUGAUAGUGAGGGCUGUGCUGAUGGGGUUGAUGAUGAUGACAAUAGUGGGAAAGAUAAAGAUGGUGUUGAUGAUGAUAAAGAUGAUGGUAAUGUUAGUGAUGAAGAUGUUAUAGAUGAUAGUGUUGUUGUUGUUGAUGAUGACGAUGAUGAUGAUAGUGGCACUGAUGAAGAUUGUGUUGAGUAUGGUGAAGAUGAUGACAAUUGUGUUUUUGAUGGUAUUGAAGAUGGUGGUGAUGAUGACAAUAGUGGGACAGGUGAAGAUGUUGAUAAAGUUGAUAAUGAUAUUAAUGUUGGUGGUGAUGAAGAUGAUGGUGAUGAAGGCUGCAAGUUACCUGAUGAUGGUAAGGAUGAAGAAGAUGUUGUAGAGGCAGCUGAUAGUGAGGGCUGUGCUGCUGGGGUUGAUGAUAAGGUUGUUAAUGAGAUCGUUGUGGUUGGUGAUGAUGAUGUAGAUGGUGGUAUAGUUAAAGAUUGUGAGGUUGAUGAAGUUUGUGUUGAGCUUAUUGCUGAAGAUUGUGGCAUUGAAUAUGACAAUGGUGUGGAUGAUAAUGUUGAUUCUGCUGACACUGGUAAAGAUGAAGAGUAUUUUGUUGAUGGUGUAGAAGAUGAGGAUGAUGAUGAUGGUUUAAUGGUUGGUGAGGAUGAUGACUGUGGUGAUGAUGAUUCUCACAGAACACGUGUACACAUGCAGAUGACCUGGAGAGUGUCUGACUUACCUGAUGCCAGGUUCUUCUUUCUUUGGUACAGAAGCAGUAAGAGAAGCCAUAAAUGGACAACUAAAACCUUCAUCCUGUUCAGAGACAUGUGA